GAACUGUCGCCAUCCCGUCCCCAUCUUCUCUUCAAGCAAACACAAACACAAACACAAGGUUACAAUCAUCGCACACAUAUACAAUACAAGUACGAACUUCUUACAUCCGCAUCUACCGUCAAUAAUUACCGCAAUAAACGAAGUCCAUUAUCGACAUAUCACAUUAUCAAGGCAAUAACUCGAUCCUCCAUCGGACCAUCGCUCGAUCUUCACAUUCAAGAAACCAAAUGUUGUACGGAAAUUAAUAAUCCAACGGCGAUUCCUCUAUCGAUUCUUUCCUCAAUUUAUCCAACGGACGACCUCUCCGAGCCUUCAAAACUAAUUGUAUUCGCGAGGGCAGCAGUUCGAAUGAAAUUACCUUGCAUUGUUGACCCCCCACGCAUGUUGGCAACUUGA